CCGGCGGAAACGGGCGCGAGCAAGAUGGCCACCACCAAGCGUGUGCUGUACGUGGGUGGGCUGGCAGAAGAGGUGGACGACAAGGUUCUUCAUGCUGCCUUUAUCCCGUUUGGAGACAUCACAGAUAUUCAGAUUCCUCUGGAUUAUGAAACAGAAAAACACCGAGGAUUUGCUUUUGUUGAGUUUGAGUUGGCAGAGGAUGCUGCAGCAGCUAUCGACAACAUGAACGAAUCAGAGCUCUUUGGACGGACGAUUCGUGUCAAUUUGGCCAAGCCGAUGAGGAUUAAAGAGGGCUCUUCCAGGCCAGUUUGGUCAGAUGAUGACUGGUUGAAGAAGUUUUCUGGGAAGACUCUUGAGGAGAAUAAAGAAGAAGAAGGACCUGAGCCUCCGAAAGCUGAAGCCCAAGAGGGAGAACCCACUGCAAAAAAAGCCCGGUCAAAUCCUCAGGUAUACAUGGACAUCAAGAUUGGGAACAAGCCAGCAGGCCGCAUUCAAAUGCUCCUACGGUCUGAUGUUGUGCCCAUGACAGCAGAGAACUUCCGUUGCCUGUGCACCCAUGAAAAGGGCUUUGGCUUCAAGGGAAGCAGCUUCCACCGCAUCAUUCCCCAGUUCAUGUGCCAGGGUGGUGAUUUCACGAACCACAAUGGCACAGGGGGCAAGUCCAUCUAUGGAAAGAAGUUCGAUGAUGAAAACUUUAUCCUUAAACACACAGGACCAGGCCUUCUCUCCAUGGCCAAUUCUGGCCCAAACACCAAUGGCUCCCAGUUCUUCCUGACCUGUGAUAAGACGGAUUGGCUGGACGGCAAGCACGUGGUGUUUGGGGAGAUCACAGAAGGCCUGGAUGUCUUGCGGCAGAUUGAGAUACCCACAGAGACAUCCUGGAACCCCAUAUGUAUGGAACACCAUGACCAAAGACAACGUGAGGAACGGCUUUACUUAUUUGGCUUGUCCUUCUACAUCAUAGUUCAUUGCUGAGGGAAGUCGGGGCAGGAUCCGAAGCAUUAACCAUGGACGAAUGCUGCUUCUUAAACAACCUGCCGAGAGAUUGUACUGCCCACAAGAAGGCCCCCCGGGUGGGCCUCUGCCAGUCGGAAGGAGGCAGUUCCCUAUUGGAGGGGCCCAGGUGUCAAGUUGACAACCAAGAUUAGCUGUCUCAAACCUCUGCCAGAAUCAUCCGAAUGGUGCAACAGAGGGAGGGUGAAGCUGGGCCUGUGCCAGGCACAUUGCCAGUGCCUGAGAGUCCCAAAGAGGCCUCCUGGGUUUAGCCUCAACUUGCUGGGGGGUUCAGGGAAGGCAGCUCCGGAAGGUGGCUAGGGAGGGCUGCAGUUCUUGAUAGGAGACAGUCAUAGGCCUCUUAUGGGCAGGAGUCUAGCAUAGCUCUGGAGCUGGGGCAAGAAUGCUCAGUAGCAUAGCUGUGUCUCCCCCUCACCUGCAUCACCCGCUCCCCACCGAAGCAUGGGCCGUGAAGGGCAGUGCCUCUUACCUGAGGACUGCUUGGCCUCUGUUCUGGGGUUACCUUAUUCAUGAUACCUUUGCUCCAGCACCAAGAGGGAUUGUACUGCCCAUAAAAAGGGCACAACCUUUUCUGGCUAAUGCCAAGUUGUGUGCCUUUGUGCCAGCCUGUAGUAGCUGCACCAAGGUACAGUCAGGACUAUGGAUCAGGAAAACUGUUGGCAUUUUCUUUAAUAACAAUGCCUGAAUCCAGAUGCUAAAUCCACAAUAGGUUUUUUCAUUUGCUGGUCUCUUGUGCCUGCCUGUAGCCAGAGGUUUAGUGACUGAGAUCCAUAAAUACACCAAGAUUUUGCUUGGUUGUUUUUUGUUUGUUUUAAAGGAAGAUCUUGAUAGAUAUAAGGUCUCGAUAUAUCCCAGGCUGGCCUUGAACUCAUGGUAAUCCUGCCCCAGCCUCCCAGUGCUAAGGUUACAGGUGUGUAUUACUACUAUACCUGGCUGCCCCAUGAUUUUAAAUUCUUUUCUAGAAAGCCCAUUUUGUACCUCCAAGAGACAGGCUAUAGAGUGCUAGAGGGAGUUUGAUCAUGUCUGUACACACCUGAAUCUUCUGUUGGAUACUGAAGAGCCUGACAUCCAUCUUGUGCUCCAGAUUCAAGUCAGGCUAGGCCAGUAAUGAUCAUGAAUAGGUUGGUAAAUUGGAC